UCUUCCUAUUGUACAUCGCUCACCUAUCUCUCGCCACCAUGGACAUCAUCGGCGACCACCUCUCCAGUCUGUCCCUCCUUGACGAUGCCGGCAACGCCAGCACGGCGCAGGGGCAGCAGGUGGACCAAUCACACACUCUCACCCACGACUACACCCGAUCAGCAGCGCAGGAUUUACCCAAGCCCCGAGAGCGGCGCGCCUCUCCGCUGAUGGACAUGGCAGAGGCAGUGGUUCUAAAGUAUCUCACGGAGCACUGGGUCAACUCGGAUACGCUCGCCGCUUUCGAGAGGGAGUUGAGCAUCACCGGUGGAGCAGCGGCGGCGGCGGCAGCAGCAGCAGCAGGAGGCAAGGCAGCUACUCCUGAUCUUCUGGACCUGCUACGGCCGCGGAUAGCAGCCGCUGCGAAUGCCAGCUCUCUCAUCUCUGGUAGCACUUUAUCUUUCCCUGCACUGCCAGGGCCAUCCAAGUUGCCAUACCGCGUCUCCCUUACACACUCCUCCCUCCAUCCUUCGAACAUCCUCCUGCUUCGCUCCCUCUCCCUCCCCGUGCGACGCUUCAACACCUCCCCCGCAGACGGAUCCGACCCUCGCUUCGAGGUACGCUACCAGCCUUGCUUGGCCUCAUCAGGUGCAGACAAGCGUCUGCUCUUCUUUGAUGCAGACGAGGGAGAGGUGCUCGAAUCAGUCGAGCCUGUUGCCCGGACGGAGCAGAGUGGCCACACUGCGCCUGUUCUCGAUUUGGCUCAGCACCCGCUCCAGCAAAGGGAGCUAGUCACUGCGGGAAUGGAUGGGAAAGUGGUAGUGUGGGAUCUGCUGACCCUCCGCGAUGGGCCAAUACUGGUCUUGAAGGACCAUACGAAAUUUGUGGUCAGGUGUUGCUGGAGCUCAGAGGGGAGGUGGUUGGCGACUGCUGGGUAUGACAAGAAGGUCCAUAUCUACGAGAGAGUGGGCGAGGAGAAGACAAGCAGUAAAGCCUGCGGCGCUGGUGAUGCCAUGGACGAGGACGAGGAAGAGGAAGACGAUCUGGAGCUACAACCGCUGCGAACCCGGCUCCGACUGGUACGCACCAUCUCGACAAGGGGCAAUCCCGAGGCGCUCGCCUUUGUUCCCACGCCCGCCGGGGAGCAACUAGUCUACUCAAUUCGGGAUGAUUGCUUCAUCCACUACCUCUCCCUCCCGAAUAGCACUGGUAGUACCUCCUCCUCCUCCUCCUCCGCCUGGCAAGAAGACUCCUUCAACACCAACGAGCACACAUCAGAUACACACGUCUCCUAUUCGAUCCUCUCAAUCGUCCCCCAUCCCACUCUCCCUCUCCUCUCCCUCUUAACAGGCUCUCACGCCUCCAUCUCCUCCAACUCGCUCGUGAUCCUCAUGCCGCCCCUCUCCUCCAGCCGCGCCCUCGUUCUACACACCACCCUUCCCAGCUCCCCGACUUACUCUCCGCGCCAAGCAUGGCGGGCAGACGGGGCAGGCGUGUGGCUCUCCUCUGAAGAGGGACAAUUGAGGCUCUUUGAUCUUAGUGGGGGAGAGGCAGAGGGAGGGAGAGAGAGGAGCGCACUAGGUGUGCAUGGAGCAUUGAGUGAGGUGGAGUUGAGUGGGAUGAGUGCAGAGGAGAAGGCAAAGAGGUGGAGGAUGGGAGGGGCGAAUGGGUGUAUAAAGGAUGUAAUCGUACUCCCCGAUGGAAGGAUCGCCAGUUGCGGCUUUGACCGUACAGUGCGGAUCGUCGACCUCGAACAGAGCGCCUUGUAAGACAAGCAGUCCUUCUCUACUGCGCGGACUUGAGCGAGCCAAGGGGGUCAUCAAGUUCAGCCGAGCCGAGCCCAGCCAAGCUGAGCCAAGCUGCGCUCUCG